CUGCCCUUCAGAUCGCAGACAUGGCGGCCUCCGGGAGCAGCGGGCGCCGCGCUGGGGAUUUGUUGAAAAGUCUACCGCGGGUGUCGCUGGCAAACCUUAGACCCAACCCGGGAGCCCGGAAAAGAGAAAGAAGACGAGGCAGAGGUAUACAUCGUGGUGGAAAAAGCGGCCGGGGUCACAAAGGCGAGAGGCAGAGGGGGAACCGUCCUCGUCUAGGCUUUGAGGGAGGUCAGACUCCUUUUUACUUGGUUAUCCCUAAAUAUGGAUACAAUGAGGGACACAGCUUUCGACGCCAGUACCCACCUCUCAGUUUGAACCGUCUUCAGUACCUCAUCGAUCUGGGAAGAGUAGAUCCCACACAACCAAUUGACUUAACUCAGCUUGUCAAUGCGAGAGGAGUCACAAUACAGCCUCUUAAAAGGGACUAUGGCGUCCAGCUUGUGGAAGAGGGUGCAAACAUCUUUUCAGCUAAAGUUAAUAUCGAAGUCCAGUGGGCUUCAGAGUUGGCUAUUGCAGCAAUCGAGAAAAAUGGUGGUGUUAUAACUACUUCCUUUUAUGACCCAAGGAGCCUCGAGAUACUUUGCAAACCAGUUCCGUUUUUCAUGCGUGGAAAGCCAAUCCCCAAGAGGAUGCUCCCCCCAGAGGAUUUGGUGAAGUAUUACACCAGUGCAGAAAAUCGUGGGUAUCUGGCAAAUCCAGGAGAUAUUGUGGAAGCUAGGAAACAACUGGCCAAGAAAUAUGGCUAUAUAUUACCGGAAAUCACCAAAGAUGAACUAUAUCAGAUACUGUGCACACGCAAGGACCCCCGUCAGAUAUUCUUUGGGCUUGCUCCAGGCUGGGUGGUCAACAUGUCUGAAAAGAAGAUCCUAAAGCCUACGGAUGAGCAGUUGCUGAAAUAUUAUAGCUCAUGAGUACCGAGGGCCACCCUUUCGAAAAUAAACAUUUUCAGAUUGAAGCACUGACAUCUUAUCUUUAUAACAAAAAAUAUCUUUCAAUGAAAGUGUAUUGCACUUAUGCUGCCCUCCAUUAUUUACAUUUAUUACAUCCGUUCAUUUGUCACAAUUAAAAUAUAUCAAAAUUAAA